AUGGAGAGAGAGUUUCUAGAUUCAACAGCUGGUGGAUCAUUUCUACACAAGAGUAAUGUGGUAGCAAAUGAUCUAUUGGAAAAAAGAGCCAUUAACAAUCAGCAAUUUGGAACAUCUGCUAGUUCCACAAGACAAGUGCAUAAGACAAAUUCGAGUUCUAAUUCUGCUCUAGAGGACAUGGUUGACAAGCUUUCCAAAAUGAUGAGUCAGUUUAUGAGAACAAGUAUAGCACAAGUUUGCGGUAUUUGUACGGAGGGGCACCCCACUGAUCAGUGUUCCCAACAUACUUCUGGUAGAGGAUAUGAGGAAGUGAAUGCCCUUAGUUAUCAGGGAGGCCAGGGGUACAAUCCGUUCUCCAAUACUUACAACCCUGGUUUACGUGGUCAUCCAAAUUUCUGGUGGUCUAACAAUGACAAUGUGCUUAGGCCACAACAUCAUGCUAUGCAAUAUGGGCCUCGCCCGUCUAUUUUGUUUGCAAGACCGCAAGCUCCCCAUCUCAAUGUCACACCUCCAAAUGUGACAAGUGCUCCCAAUUAUGAGGAAAUGUUAAAGUCUUUAGCUGCUGGGCAGAGAAAGCUACCAAGUGGAGUUAUAACUAACCCAAGGGAUGAGCAAGUCCAAGCCAUCAUAACAAGGAGUGGGCUGGAGCUAGUGGAUCAACCUAGAGUUUUAAAGAAGACCCAAACGGGCCACAUUGCUGAUGAUGAUGAAGAGAUUGUGAUCAACAAGGAUUUGGAGAAAGAUCCAACGACCUCUAAGAAGGAGAGUGUGCCGUUCCAAGAGGCACCAAAAGGUACAAGUUCUAACUCAAGUGAUUUAGUUAAGACUAAUCAUAUUUCGUUUGUACCUUUUCCUUCUAGGUUUGCUAAGAUCAAGAAGGACAAAUCUGAUGAGGAAGUGUUGGAAGUUUUUAGGAAGGUGCAAGUUAACCUUCCAUUGUUGGAGUGCAUCAAGCAAAUCUCAAAGUAUGCCAAAUGCUUAAAAGAGCUUUGCACUUCACGGAGACAAACUAGGGAAGAGAAUGUAGUAAAGAUGAAUGAGACAGUUUGGGCUGUUAUCCAGUGGAAACUACCCACUAAGAUGAAGGACCCGUGA